AUGGGAUUCAUUGCCAUGGCGCAGCGAGAGGAGCUCGCGCUGGCACGAAUCAUCAGGGAGCGGGGGAGGGCCAGGGAAUGGGAGGCAUGUGUGGAAGCUUUGGCCACGAUGCUGGUGCUGCGGAGUGUUCCGAGCAUCUACAACUUCACAGCAGCUAUUACAGCAAGUCUUGGUGCCUGGAUGGUGGCCGCUCAGGUCUUUUCCGAGAUGUUGUCACAAGAUAUCUUACCUGAUACCGUCAGCUGCAAUGCGCUCAUGAACAUAGCUGAAAGAAACAGGCAGUGGCAGACUGUGCUGCAGCUGCUGGCCUACAUGGUGGCCAAAGCCGCUAAGCCCAAUGAGAUCAGCUUCACUUCCGGCAUUAGUGCAAGUGACAGAAGCGGGCAUUGGCAGUUGGCGAUGGGGCUCCUGUCUCACCUGCCUCGACAACGAGUCUCUCUCAGUGAGAUGAGUGGUACUGCAGCCAUCAGCUCUUGUGAACGGGUUCAGCGAUGGGAGGCAUCAAUUCAUCUGCUUGCUACCAUUCCAACUGCUGAUGAGAUCAGCUUUAACAUCGGCAUUGCUGCCUGUCGAGACAGCCUGCAAUGGGCUGCAGCACUUCAGCUGCUCGCCGGCAUGCCCGGGGCAGAUGCCCGGGCGGACUUGGUGACGUUCAACGCACUUGUGAACCAGUGCGGCGAAGGCCUACGAUGGCAACGGUCGCUUCGACUCGUUUCCCAAAUCCCCGAGGCAGGGCUGGAGAGGGACAUCAUCAGCUGCAACGCCGCUAUCGCCUGCUGUGGGCUGGUUAGCCAGUGGGCCCGGACUUUUGAGCUUCUCUGGCAGAUUGCAUCUGCGAGGUUGGAACCGGACCAGGUCACCGGCAGCUCUGUCAUCACAGCGUGUGGGAAGGGUCUUCAGUUGCAACAGGCGCUCCGCUGUCUUCUAGACGUAAUGCCUGGCAUCUCCUUGCGUCCGAAUGAAGUGAGCUUCAACGCUGCCAUCGGCGCCUGUGAACCCUUGGGAUACUGGGAAGAGGCCGUAUAUCUGCUGUUGCAGAUGCGUUUACCCGACAGCAUCGGCGCCAAUGCUGCGAUCAGUGCCUGUGCGACAGGCUACCAGUGGCAGCUCGCACUUCAGCUCUUCCACUCGCUGCCUCCCAGAGAUGUCGCUCCCGACUGUAUCAGCUUCAAUGCUGCAAUCACUGCGUGCGAGAAGGUUGGCAUGUGGCUCUCGGCUCUGUGGCUCCUCACUGCCAUGCCGGAAUCACGAGUCUUUCCGGAUGAGAUCAGCUACAGUUCCGUCAUCAGUGCAUGCGAGAGAGGUCUUCAGUGGCAAGUGGGCCUUUGUCUCCUGUCUGACAUGGCUGAUGCGAGGAUCCACCACAACGAGAUCACGUUAAAUGCCAUGAUCAGCGCAUUCGAGCAAGCUGGUCUAUGGCAGAGGGCCUUCCACAUGUUGCUCCGAAUUGAACGCUUGGCGCUGACAUCGACAAAGAGGAUACGGACAACAUCAGCCGGCAUUUGA